AUCACCCUGCCAACGCUACCGUGAGACAACAGGCGCUCGACGGCGUGGCACAGCCGCUGUGUGUGACUCCCGUGCUCGCGAACGGGUCAUCAGGUCGAGGCACCAGAUCCAGUGGCGCUUAACGUCUCUUUGUUGAAUAUAUCUAUCUCCCAUCUUUCUUCCUCCGUAUCUACCUCUGCAUAUAUAUUUGAAACUACCCUUACCUUUACGGCGCAACAACCGCCACCACUGCUACAACAAUGAAACCCUCACUCUCCCUCCCACUCCUCCUCCUCCCCAUCCUCCCCUCCGUCUCCGCAUGGGGGUCGCUAGGUCACAUGACAGUAGCCUACCUCGCUGAGCACCUCGUCGCUCCUAGGACGGCGGUAUACAUGCAGCAGAUCCUAUCCAACCCUUCAUCACCAGGGUAUCUUGGCUCUAUCGCCACUUGGGCGGAUUCGUAUCGGUAUACGAAAGAUGGGAGGUACUCGGCGCAUCUGCAUUAUAUCGAUGCGGAUGAUAGUCCGCCGUGGAAAUGUGGGUUGGAUAUAGAGAGGGAUUGCGCGGAUGAGUUUUGUAUCGUUUCGGCGAUUGGGAAUUAUACAUCACGACUUAUGGACGCGGACCUCAAUCCCUACCAGCGCGCAAUAGCCGCAAAGUUCGUCGUCCACUUCAUAGGCGACAUCCACCAACCCCUCCACACCGAAGGACUCCUCCGCGGCGGCAACGGCAUAAAAGUCCGCUUCGGCGCCCGCAACUCCAACCUGCAUUCCGUCUGGGACUCCGCCCUCGCCGAGCACCUAAUCGGCGGGUACACGCCCACGCACGCUCGCUCAUGGGCCGGCACCCUCCUCUCCUCCAUCGAGGGCGGGGUGUACUCCUCCCUCGUCGAUGAGUGGAGAGAGGAUAUCAGUCUGGGCGAUGUGGAGAACUCGGUGAUGAGGUGGGCGCAGGAGAGUAAUAGACUGGUUUGUGAAGUGGUGGUGCCGGAGGGGGGGUGGGAGGAGUUGCAGGGGAAGGAUUUGAGUGGGGAGUAUUAUGAACAGGCGAUUGGGAAGGUGGAGAUGCAGGUUGCGAGGGCGGGGGUGAGGUUGGCGGAGUGGUUGGAUUUGGUUGCUGGGGGGGAGGAUGGGAGGGGGGAGUUGUAGAGAGGGAGGGAGGUAUGAUAGUGUAGUGAGGUCAUUUUGUUGGAUAUUUAAAGCGGUUAAUGCAUUGCGGUGCAAAUGUCUGGGAAGGAGCGGUUCGUUGCUAGCAAGAUCGCGCCUGCUGUUUGCUACGAGGGUUGGAUUUGGGAAGGAACGACCUACGUAUUGUCGAGUAUGGGAUUCGGGAAGGAGCGACGUACGCAUUGUCAAGUAUAAAAUUCGGGGAGGAGCGACCUACUCAUUUUCACUCCUGCAUAUGUUAAUCCCUCUAAGUCGCUCCUGCCAAAUUUGAUAGUCGUGUUCCGUUUGGUUUAUAGAUUUGGUGGUGGUU